GGUAUCACGCGGAAUUAAUCUGUUGUCUUACACUAAUUACUGAGCCGCAGCUUCUGAAGAGAUAACAACAAGGAAAAAGGGUUUUUAUCUCGCUGAUGCUAUAUAAACUCUCCGGCAAAACAGGAAUGUACAAGUUCAGUAUAAUUCAGCUGUUCGACUAACAUCAGCAAGCUACAGAACUACAAGCAUAUUAUCAGGCAAUAUGAUUUCAUACCGACACCCGUAUCAAUCGUUGAUGAACUUUCAGGGUUUUACUUUCGGAGCUCAAAAUUACUAUACGAACUACAUAGAAGAAGACAAAGUCAGGAAUACAGUAAUUCCAACAAGAAUUGCGUACGAUGCUUCUCUUGUGCAACGACCAAGUUUUACGGAGUUAAUUCCUGUUUAUAAAUCUUCGUCACCCAAAAAUGAAUCAGAGAAGAGCAGACCACAGAAAAGGAAACUUUUUACUAUUGACUCCAUCCUCGAUAAAGAUGGCAAAAAAGAACAAGAGGAAGGUCGUGCAAACAAACGAAUUAGGAAAGAUUCAGAUGAGUUCUCUCUUCCAGAACGCAAAGUCGAAGAUGGUCGCUCACGAGACUCCGGCAUAUCUUCUACCGGAUCCGUCGAUUCUGAUACCUCAAACAACGAAUCAGAAACAAACAGCAUAGAAGUAUACGAUGAAAAGUCAAUAAGUUCGAGCCCCAUUACCCGUACGUCUCCCAUCCAGAGACUAGAUGGAAAGUUCCACCAUGCCUCGCCUUUCCUACCACCACCCUCUAUCAACCGUCAGCAACUUCCAACGUUACCAAGUGCAAUCUAUCGAGGCCAUAAUCCGUCACCUAUUCCUAUGCGAUUUGGUAUACCAAACCUACAUUCUACACCAGAGAUGAGACAUAGGCCGAUGCCAUCUUUUCCGUGUGAUAUCAGAGCGAUACCGAUGAACCAUCAUACAUUGGGGGAAGGUAAACAUACGGCGUUCCUUUUCAGUAAUGGGAUGCAAAUUCCUCUGUCAAAUGCGCCUACGGCUGUCAUCGAAGAAAAAAACAAAGCCAACAGGAAGUCUAAAAGAUUGCGAACAGUUUUUACUCCAGACCAACUUGAGCAAAUGGAAGACGAAUUCUCCAAGCAACAUUACUUAGUUGGAACUGACAGAUUUCAUUUGGCAAAGAAGCUGAACCUUGCCGAAACACAAGUAAAGGUUUGGUUUCAAAACAGACGUAUCAAGUGGAGAAAACAGAAAUUAGAAAUGAACAAAGACUGCGACAGGGAUUCUGAAAGUGAUCAGAGCAAUCAGUCCUCAUAGUCAUUCAGUCAAAGACAAGGCCUGUUCAAGUUUCCAGUUCCAGCACCGUGCUACGAAUUCCUUCUUGUAGAAAAUAUUUCUUUUGCAUGAAUCUUCCGGGGCUCCUAUCAAUCGAACAACAAGUUCAAAUGUUUAACAUAAAUUCUAAUUUGGCGAUUGAUAAAAGUUGAAAGUACUGCGUGAAUGGCGGGUGCAAACUUCCCUCGUGUCUUAUUUUAUUUCUUACUACAAUUAAUUCGUCGUGUAUGCAUGUGGUUUCUGUGUUUACUUUUAUUUUUUGUUUCUAUUUCCUUUGGCAAUAAAAUAAGUACCUAAAAGAA